AUGAGUAGCCCAAAACGAAGAAUUGAAACCGAUGUGCUAACCAGCUUUGUCUUCCGUGCAGGUUAUGAAGAUUCACUCUGGUCAAUGACAACAGUAAGGCGACCAAAUCACACACUGGAGUCAGCACACGCUAACAACGAUCUAGUGCAAGAGUUCUACGUCCGUUUCAAGGGCCCAGAAGAGACACCAUUCACUGGUGGCCACUGGAAGAUCCACGUCGAACUACCCGAUCAAUAUCCAUACAAGAGCCCGAGCAUCGGGUUUGUGAACCGCAUCUUUCAUCCCAACAUUGAUGAACUCUCCGGCUCCGUUUGCCUCGACGUGAUCAACCAAACCUGGUCUCCCAUGUAUGACAUGAUCAAUAUCUUCGAGGUCUUUCUCCCACAGCUUCUCCGCUACCCUAACCCCUCCGAUCCAUUGAAUGGCGAGGCUGCGGCCUUGAUGAUGCGUGAGCCAAAAGCUUACGAAGCGAAAGUGAAGGAAUACGUAUCCAAGUAUGCCAGCAAAGAGGCCGUUGACGAGGCGGGCGAAGACACCGAGUCCGAAGACGAGCUCAGCUCAGCCGGUAGCUAUGAAUCAGGUGGCGAGGAGCCUGCCGGGGCUAUGGACGAUGUCUGA